UAGUCUCUACUGACCGGAUAGUGUUCGUGUAGAGGAAGUUUUGUUUUUCGAGUUUUCCGUCCUCUUCGAUUGACUGAACGAUUAGCAAAUGUCCUCAGAAGAACACGAAAUGCUAGCCGUGUGAAUUACAUGCCGGGAGGCGCACUAGUUGUUUAAAAAAAAAAUAAAAUAAUAAUAAUUCCCUCUGAGGGGAGGAAAAAGUCUCGGCUCUUUGAAGUAGACUUCACAGACACAGUAUUCCGGUGAGCACCUUGUCGCUAACGUAGUCGAGCUAACGUUAGCCUCCGCUUGUUUUGCGCUGUGCGGAGGAGCUCCCCCGAGCUAACGACGCCAUGGGGAACCGGGGCAUGGAAGACCUGAUUCCCCUCAUCAACAAGCUCCAGGACGCCUUCAGCUCCAUCGGGCAAAGUUGCAAUUUGGACCUUCCUCAGAUUGCCGUGGUCGGCGGGCAGAGUGCUGGGAAAAGCUCCGUUUUGGAGAAUUUUGUCGGCAGGGACUUUCUUCCACGAGGAUCUGGCAUUGUUACCCGCAGACCUCUCAUUUUGCAGCUGGUCAACAAUAAAGCAGAAUAUGCCGAGUUCCUGCACUGCAAGUCAAAGAAGUUUGUGGAUUUUGAAGAGGUGCGCGCAGAAAUUGAAGCGGAGACCGACAGGAUAACGGGCUCCAACAAAGGCAUCUCCAACAUCCCAAUUAACUUGAGGGUCUUCUCUCCUCAUGUUUUGAACCUGACGCUGAUCGACCUUCCGGGAAUGACCAAAGUCGCUGUGGGAGACCAGCCGGUAGACAUCGAGCAUCAGAUCAGAGACAUGCUAAUGCAGUUCAUCACCAAGGACAGCUGUCUGAUCCUAGCUGUCACGCCCGCCAACACUGACUUGGCCAACUCGGAUGCGCUGAAGAUCGCCAAGGAGGUGGACCCACAGGGUGUGCGCACAAUUGGCGUCAUAACAAAACUGGACCUGAUGGACGAAGGGACGGACGCGAAGGACAUCCUCGAAAACAAGCUUUUGCCACUGCGAAGAGGCUACAUCGGCGUGGUGAACCGGAGUCAGAAAGACAUUGACGGCAAGAAGGACAUUCGUGCUGCUUUGGCGGCCGAGAGGAAGUUCUUCCUGUCGCACCCUGCUUACAGACACAUGGCGGAGCGGAUGGGGACGCCGCAUCUUCAAAAGGCUCUCAACCAGCAACUGACCAAUCACAUCAGAGACACACUUCCAGGUCUGCGCAGCAAGUUACAGAGUCAGAUGCUCUCGCUGGAGAAAGAGGUGGAAGAGUACAAGAACUUCCGUCCAGAUGACCCAACGCGCAAGACCAAGGCUUUGUUGCAGAUGGUGCAGCAGUUUGGUGUGGACUUUGAGAAGCGCAUCGAAGGCUCCGGAGACCAGGUGGACACCAACGAGCUGUCUGGAGGUGCCAAGAUCAACCGCAUCUUCCACGAACGCUUCCCGUUUGAGUUAGUCAAGAUUGUAUUUGAUGAGAAGGAGCUGCGGCGGGAAAUCAGUCACGCAAUCAAGAAUGUUCAUGGUGUCAGAACGGGGCUCUUCACCCCCGACCUGGCUUUCGAGGCGAUAGUCAAAAAGCUGAUCCUCAAACUCAAAGAGCCCAGCCUCAAAUGUGUGGACCUGGUGGUGUCCGAGCUCACCGCACUGGCCAUGAAGUGCGCCGUUAAGCUCAAUUCUUACCCGAGGCUGCGAGAGGAGACAGAGAGGAUUGUGACCACUCACAUCAGAGAAAGGGAAGGAAAGAGCAAGGACCAGGUUCUGCUAUUGAUUGACAUUGAACUGUCCUACAUCAACACCAACCACGAGGACUUCAUUGGCUUUGCUAAUGCACAGCAGAGGAAUAUAGCAGCCAACAAGAAGCGGGCCAUUCCUAACCAGGGUGAAAUUCUGGUCAUAAGGAAAGGCUGGUUGACCAUCAACAUUAGCAUCAUGAAGGGAGGCUCCAAGGAGUACUGGUUCGUCCUCACCGCAGAGUCCCUGUCGUGGUACAAAGACGACGAGGAAAAAGAGAAGAAGUACAUGCUGCCCCUGGAUAACCUGAAGAUCAGAGAUGUGGAGAAAGGCUUCAUGUCCACAAAGCACAUCUUUGCCAUCUUCAACACAGAGCAGAGGAACGUGUACAAGGAUUUGCGGCAAGUCGAGCUGGCGUGCGACUCUCAGGAGGAUGUGGACAGCUGGAAAGCGUCCUUCCUCAGGGCCGGCGUUUACCCGGAGAAGGACCAGACGGAGAACGAGGAGGCGGCCCCGACGGACACCUUCUCCAUGGACCCUCAGCUGGAGCGUCAGGUGGAAACCAUCCGCAACCUGGUGGAUUCCUACAUCGGCAUCAUCAACAAAUCCAUCAGGGACCUGGUCCCCAAGACCAUCAUGCACCUUAUGAUCAACAGCGCGAAGGACUUCAUCCACUCGGAGCUGCUGGCCUACCUCUACUCGUCGGCCGACCAGAACAGCCUCAUGGAGGAGUCGGCCGACCAGGCGCAGCGCAGGGACGAAAUGCUGCGCAUGUACCACGCCCUCAAGGAGGCGCUGCACAUCAUCGGAGACAUCACCACCAGCACCAUCAGCACGCCCGUGCCCCCGCCUGUGAAUAACACCUGGUUACAGGAGGCCAGCCCAACCCCUCAGCGCAGGCCGCCCCCAUCGGCAGCCCCGCCCCCCGGCCGCCCGCCCGCCGUCCGGGGGCCGACGCCCGGACCCCCCAUCAACCCUUCCCCGGUUUUCGGCACCGCUCCGCACAACCCGUCUUCGGGUUUCGGCGCCCCUCCUAUCCCCUCUCGGCCCGGUCCGGCGCCCGGGGGCUUCAACAACCUCCAGGACCCCUUCGGCGCGCCCCCACAGAUCCCGUCCCGGCCCGCACGCAUCCCGCCUGGCGUUCCCAGCCGAAGACCUCCUGGCGCUCCCUCUCACCGGCCCACCAUUAUCCGCCCUGCCGAGCCCUCCCUGCUAGACUAGACCCCGUGGGCCGAACCCACCCCAAUUCUCUUCUGUGUGUGUGUGUGUGUGUGUGUGUGAGAUGGGACUGGAGGAGGUGAUGAUUAUCCAACACAUGUAGGAUGCAUUUCAAGUGAAUCCGCUCAAAGGCUCACUGUAACAUGUAGUCUGUCUUGCUCAUUAACUACCCGCUCGACCAAUCAGCAGAGCACGUUAACGAAGCAAAUAAUAAGGACCGUAGAUGUCGGCUCAGCGGUUUUUAAAGGAAUGAUUUAACAUCCGUAGCGUUUUGUUAUUGUAAAACCCAAAUAAAGGUGACCCAGAUGAAAUGACAAAAGAGUAGAAAUCGUCACCAUGAUAAUAUUUCUUAUUUUCUGCAGUGUUUCCUUCAGAUACAAACUUUUUAUUUAUUAUUACCACCAUGUGACAUCUCAACCAUAUGAUAAAGGCUCUUAUUUUAAAAACGAUUUGAGUUUUCUAUUAGGAAAUUCAAAAAGCAAACAUUUUCUCUCUCGGUUGUUAAAGGGUAAUGACUUAUUCAUGGUCAAUAGCAAACAAUAUAACAUAACGCACACACACACACGUACGCAGAGUAGCCAAACUUUCUCAUACCAGUUACUUCUCGUCUAAAUGAGCAAAUAUGUCCCUUUUUUUUAAAGAAUAAAACAAAGGCUAAAUGUAGCUUUUGGCCCGUAAACUCCCCUCAGCAGCCGCGUGCACUUUCCCUCACCCAUCAUCGUGCUUUUUGACUUUAUAUCCGCCUCCUCUUCUAUGCAUUCAACCUCUUGUAAAUACAGAGAGCGGGGAGGUUAGCAUUUGUAUAUCUCAUCGUGUCAACGCGCUUUAGAUUUCUAAUGGGAGAGCGGGACGCACUAACGCUGCCUGUGUGUCAUGUGACUAACUUUUAUUUAUAACCCGUCAUGUAUCGGUUGCAUGUGGGGGGAGGGGCUUCGUUGUUUGCUAUGUGUCCUUGCUUUAAUUCAGGGUUUCCCAAACUGCUUUGAGUCCUCCCAAUGUGUUUUUGCAUAUACUGUACAUAAACUGCUAAUAAAGAACACAAGAAACCUGAUUGCUGAUCGCUGGAACAGGACAAUAACCUUGACAAUCGGCGAGACGCUAAAAAUGCAGUUUGGGAAGCCCUGCUUUAUUGAAUGAUAUGCGGGGUCGAGGGGGGACAUGGAUUGUGGGGCUACUUGUGUAUAAUGGUGGUGGUAAUUUUGGUGUUUUAAAGCCACAUCUUUUUGUAUUUUUUUUUGGGGGGGGGGGGGGGGGGGAAUUACAGAAACAAACAGGCCUUAAAUGAUGUCAUCUUAUUAUUUAAAGCAGGGGUGUCUGUACUUUUUCUUCCAAGGGAUCACCAUUCAGAAAAAUUGAAAGGGAUGCAACAGCCACUUUGAAAUUCUUCACCUUGAAUUUAUUUAAUACGCUAAAUCAGUGCUUCAGUGUAGGUAAAGUUGUCAUAAAUUAAGUUUGUUGGCAUAAACUAAUAUUUUUUUCAGGGUUCUUGUUUUUCUAGAGCUUUAUAUUUACAUGAGAAAAGAAAAGCUAGGUGACAAAGUAAAAAAAAAAAAAAUAGAUUUUUCAAGAUUUUGGGUUGGUGCCACAGCAGACCUUGGCGUCACGUUUUAGCGGACUGACGUGCGGUUGGUUGAAAACCAGGAAGUGGAGGGAUGAGAAGCAGCUUCUUCUCUUCUCCUCAGUGUAGAAAGUACGUGGGAGAAUUCAGGCGAACGACACGGCCCAUAUCAAAACUUUCGAUUUUAAUCUAUGCCACGGCUCGCUGAAAACUCGAUUGGCGGUCCGCAAAUGGCUUAGAGUUCGAACACCCCUGCCUGAAUUCACACAAUUGUCAACACACACUCGCCCCACAAGAUGGCGCCGUCCCCUCGUUGUCUUCACCGUGUGGUGCCCGCUGUACAGCCCAAAAGUGGCGUAGUCAUGUUUUUUUUUAAGUGCCUGUGUAGCCUCACAAACACGCCACGGAGCCAUGAAGAGCCAAUAAAAGAGCUCGUGUACAAUAAAGAGGUUUUGGUGACACUUC